AUGCACAGAUCUGCAAGUGCUUCCAGAGUCUCAGAGGACUUGGUUGUGACCUCCUCAUCAACUUCACCGCCACCUUCAACCUUCAAACCAACCACAGACGACUCUUCAGACCAGCAUCUACAUCUACCCACGUACGAUCCCCUCUCUCAUGUCGCAAAGAGGGAACGGCGUCGUAUCAGGUCCGCAGAGAACGCCAUUCACAUCAUACCUCUCUUGCUCGUCCUCUGCGCCAUCAUCCUCUGGUUCUUUUCCAAUCCAGUUGGAUGGAUUUUACUUGUUAAGUCUGGUGACAAUUUGAUUGAGUGA